GUCUGCCGUCUGCUUCGACCCACGCUUGUCUCCCUCCCCAAAUCUCCAAACUCUCUCUAGUCCCCACCACAACCCCCUCCCCAUGGCGACGGCCGCCGCCGCCAGGCCGGCGGCGAGGACGACGGUGAACGUGGCCGGGGCCGUGUACCGCGUGCAGCUGGCCCUCCUCGACGGCGCGGCGGCCUCCAACGAGCCCCUCCUCCACGCGGCCGCCGCGGUGCUCUCCCGCGCCGACUACGACGACGUCGUCACCGAGCGCUCCAUCGCCGAGGCGUGCGGCCACCCCGCGUGCACCAGCCCCCUCCCCGACCCCGCCAACCCCAAGGCGGCGCCGCGGUUCCACAUCUCCCUCCGCGAGCACCGCGUCUACGACCUCGAGGAGGCCCGCAAGUUCUGCUCCGAGCGCUGCCUCGUCGCCUCCGCGGCCUUCGCGGCCUCGCUCCCGCCCGACCGCCCCUUCGGGAUCCCGCCCAACAGGCUGGACGCCCUCGCCGCGCUCUUCGAGGGCAGCGGGGCCGGGCCGGGGCUAGGGUUUCGGGCGGACGGCGGGAAGAAGGAGGACGAGGGGAUGAAGGUGGAGAUUGUGGAGAAGGAGGCGCCUGGGCCUGGCGAGGUGACGCUGCAGGAGUGGAUUGGGCCGUCGGGCGCCAUUGAGGGCUAUGUGCCCCGCCAUCACCCCAUUCAAGAAGGGCCAAUGCCACAGGCUAAACAGGGCAAAGCUAGUAGAGCUGAGCUGUCCGGGAGUAAGAACCUGAAUUCUGGGGCUGCUGUUCCUGGCAAACAUAGCAUGGCAGUUUCAUCUUCAGUUGAAGCACAAGUGGGCUCUGAAGAUAUAGCUAAAAAAAUUGAUGACAUGGUCCUUCAUGAGAGCACAAAAACGAAGGAAAAAGAAGUAGAUAAAGCCCUAUCAAAGAUUUUCCAACAGGAUGAAGAUACGGAUAUGUUAUUGCCUUGCAUAACUGAUUCCAUUGCGAAGCAACUAGAGCAUGUAGUUUUGGAAGAGAGAAAUGACAAGAAGAAAAAGAAAUCAACUAGAGCAUCACCAAGGGCAUACAAGAGUAAGCCUGCAAGAAAACCCGCUGGAAGUAAUCGCCAUGAAGUAGGCUUUACUAGCACAAUCAUUAUGGGGGAUCCUGCUUCGGCAAAGAUGGAUCAAGGGCCUUUGGGUCAAUAUGACUUCUCAAGUUCCAUCCUCAUCGAUAAUCAGCCCUCAUCAUCUCAAUACACAGUAAGAGAUUCAAUGCAUACUUACACUGAACAACUACACAAAGAAUUCGGUAAAGCAGUGGACCUUGAAAAAAAUGGGACAAGUGACGAGAAGGUUAGUGCUGCACUAAAAUCUUCACUGAAGGCUGUAGGGUCUAAGAACAGAAGUCAGUCUGUAACAUGGGCAGAUGAUAAUGGGAGCAUCUUAGAAGCAAGCAAAGCAUAUGACAUCGAUUCAGAUGCUAAAAAUCUAUCUAUGGAGGACAUUGACAGUUCACUAAGGCGUGAAUCUGCAGAGGCUUGUGCAUCAGCCCUUAUUGAAGCUGCAGGAGCUAUUUCUUCAGGCACAUUGGAAGUGGAAGAUGCAGUUUCAAAGGCAGGGAUCAUCAUAUUGCCUGACACGCUUCACCAGAAACAGUUCGAGAAUGUCCAUGGCAAAGAUACAAUGGAAAAGGUAGUAUCUGAAACAGAUGGUGAUGUUGUGAAGUGGCCAACAAAGACUGUGCUUCUGGACACUGACAUGUUUGAAGUUGAUGAUUCUUGGCACGACACACCGCCAGAAGGUUUCAGUUUAACACUGUCUGCUUUUGCAACAAUGUGGACCACAAUAUUUGGAUGGAUAUCCCGGUCAUCUUUAGCCUAUGUAUACAUGCUUGAUGACAGUUCUGUGGAAGAGAUGUUGAUUUCUAAUGGGAGAGAGUAUCCUGAGAAGCGAGUUUCGAAAGAUAGCCAAUCAUCUGAAAUUAAAAGAGCUUUAGCUUCUUGCAUUUCUAAUGCACUGCCGGUACUUGUAUCAAACAUGAGGAUGCAAAUCCCAGUUUCAAAGUUGGAGACUACUCUGGGAUACUUGAUUGACACAAUGUCACUUGUUGACGCACUGCCUGCUCUGAGAUCAAGGCAAUGGCAACUGUUGGUUCUUGUUCUGCUCGACGCACUCUCUGUGCACCAGCUUCCUGCUCUUGCUCCAGUGAUCUCAGACUCAAAGCUCGUGCAGAAGAUCCUAAACUCGGCUCAGGUUAGCAGAGAGGAGUACGACUCCAUGGUCGACCUCAUCCUCCCUUUCGGAAGAUCCGCCGUGACGCCCAUGUCAAGUUAACCCGUCCAAGAAGUGCACCAUAGUGGACAGUAACAAUUCUACACCGCGCGCAGGAUUCGGAUAUGUAUGUCCACUCAGCAGAGUAGAUAGAAGUCGUCCCGUAUCAGCAUCAGCGGCAUGACAUGCGACUCAAAUACCGCCACAGUGACAGCCCCCAUCGGCUUGCUAUCUACUAGAACAUCACAAAUCUUGCUGCUUUACCAUUGCUUGUUGUGUGUUCCUCUCGCGUUGCUGUCAGCUCUCGUGGAUUUCACCUUUAGCCCGGAGGGGAGAGAGCAAAAGAUAACUGCCACGAGAGCUAUGGCCAGCAGCAUCACAUCGUAGUGUAUCAUAUCACCACGGGCUUGCGUUCUCGCUCGUCGUAGUGCGUCUGUAGCUGUAGCUGUUGUUACCUGUAACCAUUUGACUCUUGUGGGUAGGCGGCCUGGCCCAUCCGUGUGUCACCUGACUGGCCGAGCGCUGGGGCAGGCCAGUGACUGGUCGAUGCCGACGGCGGACCGCCGUCGCUGUAUGGCUCAAUACAACAUUUGUGCAUUGCCUAUCA